GGCAAUUCAUCUCUAGUGUAGCAAAAAUAGCUCUCGGCUCAGCUGUGUUGACGUGUUGUACCCAGUUGGUUUAUAGCUUCACAAAGCUUGGAAAAGGGAAGAAAGAAAGAAAGAAAGAAAGAAAGAAAGAAAGAAAGAAAAGAGACAGAGAGACAAAAAAGAGACAGAAAAGAGACAGAAAAGAUGGUCCUCAUUAAACGAACGCCACAAUUGUAAAGUGGCUGCUGCAGUUGUUAAAUGAAGCAGCAGUUUGCCAGGACUGAAGUUUUGUCAGUAAUUGCUCGUUUGGGGCAAAACCCUGGUGAAAACCAGGCGAAGCCAUCAAAAAAAAUUGGUCAAGUCUCUCCAGCCUGUAAUUCUGGCUUCCCCAGCAUCCCACCGAGCGAGGUCCGUAUUCUCCCAAUAUGGCGGACGAAGACCUGAUAUUUCACAUGGAGUACCUGGACAACGCCACGCCAACCAAACCAGGUUGUGGGAAUUGCCACGAGGUGGACAGCGAUGAGGAGGAGAAUUAUUACAUCUGCCCAAUUACAGAUGACCCUGUUUUGAGCAAGGCAGCUGGGGACAAAGUGAAUAACUAUUAUAGCAACUUGGUCAAAAACGAGUGUUAUUCUUCCAGCUCUUCUCCCAGAAAUUCCUUCCAGAUUAGGAAUGGGACUCAGCACCCCCCUAAGCGCAACGCUCAGGCUGACCAUGGACGGGAAGCAUGGAAGCAUGCCAUUGAAAAAGCCAAGCACAUGCCUGACCCCUGGGCUGAAUUUCACCUGGAGAACAUCAAAAUGGAGAACGCCACUCGCUACAGGUACAAUGCUGUUACUGGAGAAUGGAUCGAAGAUGAGGUCUUGAUCAAAAUGGCUGCGCAGCCUUUUGGCCGAGGAGCGAUGCGCGAAUGCUUCCGGACGAAAAAACUGUCCAAUUUUCUGCACAUGCAGAAUUGGAAAGGGGCCUUUAAUUAUGUGGCCAAGAGAUACAUUGAGACGGUCAACCGGGACGUCUAUUUUGAGGAUGUGCGGCUGCAGAUGGAGGCCAAGUUAUGGGGAGAAGAAUAUAACCGCCAUAAACCCCCCAAGCAGGUAGAUAUUGUCCAGACCUGCAUCAUUGAAAUGAAGAACAGACCAGGGCGGCCUCUUUAUCACCUGGAACAUUACAUUGAGGGGAAAUACAUCAAGUACAAUUCGAACUCGGGAUUCGUACGAGAUGACAACAUCCGUCUGACGCCACAGGCCUUUAGCCAUUUCACCUUUGAACGCUCCGGACACCAGCUGAUCAUUGUGGACAUCCAAGGCGUUGGAGACCUGUACACAGAUCCCCAGAUCCAUACCGAGAGUGGCACAGAUUUUGGAGACGGGAAUCUCGGUGUGCGAGGGAUGGCCUUGUUCUUCCAUUCUCACUCCUGCAACCGGAUUUGUCAAAGCAUGCGGCUGAUGCCUUUUGAUCUCUCCUCCAAAGAGAAGGACGCCUUGUUUCGCAGUAUCAAACUACUUGAAUCGGCCCAGACUGUCCUGCGGGGCACGGAAGAGAAAUGUGGCAGUAGCCAUGUGCGAACCGUCUCUGGCAGUCGUCCCCCGCUCCUCUCCCGUCUUUCCGAAAAUUCGGGGGAUGAAAGCAUUAGCGACAUGGCGUUCGACUCGCUCCCCUCUUCCCCGUCCUCAGCCACGCCUCACAGCCAAAAGAUGGAGGGUCUUCACUGGCCUGUGUUUAAUGAAGUCGACAACUUGGUUCACAAAGACCACGAAGGCCUCGACAAUCAACGGGACUCUGAAAAUGGAGGUGACAGUGGGUGCCCCAGUGAGAAAAGGAGUGACCACGAAGAUAUGGAUCACCGUGAAAAGUGUCAUCUUAACUGCAACCGGAGACACGAAUCUGACGAAGACAGCUUGGGCAGUUCCGCCCGGGUCAGCGUGGAGAAAUGGAAUCUCUACAACGCCGCCCGAGUUCACAUUCACAGACCUUCUUGCGUUGCCGUAGAAGUUCAGAGACUCAACGGCCUGGAGCUGGAGAAGAAGAUCGGAAAGUCCAUCCUUGGAAAAGUUCACCUGGCGAUGGUUCGCUACCACGAAGCCGGCCGGUUUUGCGAAAAGGAUCAGGAGUGGGACCAAGACUCGGCGCUCUUCCACCUGGCACAUGCAGCCGAGUGUGGAGAACUGGAAGCCAUUGUAGGGCUGGGCCUCAUGUAUUCUCAGCUACCUCAUCACAUUCUUUCAGAGGUCAUUCUGCAGGACACAAAGCAAAACAGAACCAAGGGCUUUGACUAUUUGUGCCGAGCAGCUGAAGCUGGAGACCGUCCUUCCAUGAUUCUUGUGGCGAGAGCUUACGACAUGGGCAUGAACCUGGCCCCAGACAGAGAGCAGGACUGGAAAGAAGCUUUGUUUUGGUACGACAAAGCUUUGAACAUGACUGAUUAUGACGAAGGGGGCGAGUAUGAUGGCACUCAAGAUGAACCUCGUUAUCUUCUCCUCGCAAAAGAAGCAGAGAUGCUCAUGACGGGAGGGUUUAAUUUGGACCAGGAUCUGCAGAGAUCAGGAGAGCUUUACACGGAAGCGGCUGAAGACGCCAUGCAAGCUAUGAAGGGCCGGCUAGCCAACCAAUACUAUCAGAAAGCUGAAGAGGUUUGGGCCAUGAUGGAAGAAUGAGAAACCACAAAGAACCCUUGCAGAUUUUGAUACAGAAACCCUUUUUUUAAUUUAAAAA